AGUCAAAAGGCAUAUUAUUUUUACUCAGAAAUAAGUUUCAAUUAAAAACUUUUGCCUAAAAAACAAAUUCUCAAUUGAAAAGUUUUGUCAAAAAAAUCAAAGAUAUUAAAGACAUCAUCAGCAUCUGUUUAUGAACGAAGAAGAAUAAAAAAAGAGAAAAGGAAUAGAAUAGGCUUUGAAGGAAGAUGACUAUAGUUACAAAAACAUUCAAAGAAAAAUUCAACAGAAUAUUUAUUCAUUCUAUAAUCUAUGGUCUCCCACUCAUAGCUCUAAUUUACCUAUACUUUUAUUCCAACUCCUUUGCUCCAUUUCUCAUUCCCAUUACCUCCAUUACUUAUAACUCUUCACUUCCAAUCUCCACUCCAUUGAGAGAAGAGAAAAUAAAACCUUAUGAGAAGCCAUGUGACUAUACAAAAGGAAGAUGGGUGCGUGACAUGAGAGGACCUUUGUAUAAUGGAACAACAUGUAGUAUUAUCAAGAGCAAACAAAAUUGCAUAGUCAAUGGAAGGAGUGAUACAAGCUAUCUUAAUUGGAGAUGGAAACCAGAUGAGUGUAAUCUUUCAGCUUUUGAACCUAACAUUUUUCUUAAACUUAUCAAAAACAUGAACAUAGCUUUUGUUGGAGAUUCUUUAGCAAAUAACCAGUUAGAGUCCCUUGUUUGCUUAUUAUCCACGGUUUCAAAACCACACCGAAUUCGGCAUGAAGGUACGGAUUCGACGUAUUACUUUGCUUCUCAUAAUGCAAAUUUGUCACUCUAUUGGGCACCAUUUCUUGUGAAGGGUGAUCAAAGGAGAAAGGAUGGACCUCCCUAUAAUAAAAUAUAUUUGGAUCAGGUGAAUGAGUUGUGGGCUAAGAAUAUAGCUCAACAUGAUUUGAUUGUGUUGUCAUUUGGUCAUUGGAUGGAUGUUCCUUCAAUUUACUAUGAGGGUGAUUCUGUUAUAGGUUGUUUUAGAUGUCGAGAAUUUAAACUGAAGUAUACUGAUAUUGGAUUUUAUGUUGCAAUGAGAAAGGCUUUGAGGAUUACACUUAAUAGUAUAAUUGAGAGGAAAGUUAUUAAAGGGAAUGGAAUUGAUGUGAUUGUGAGAACAUAUUCACCUACUCAUUUUGAAGGCUCUUGGGAUAAGGGUGGUACUUGUUCAAAGACAGGGCCAUAUAGAACCGAGGAGAAGAAACUUAAAGGAAUAGAUGCAGAGAUAAGAAGACUUGAGAUGGAGGAAUUGGAAAAUGUUAAGGAAAAAGCUAAACAGAAUGGACUUAAUUUGGAUUUGCUUGAUAUAACAAAUUUGUCAUUGUUGAGACCAGAUGGUCAUGCAGGUGCUUAUUGGAAUUCUUUUCCAUUUGCAAAAGGGAUUCCAAAAAAGGUACAAAAUGAUUGUGUUCAUUGGUGUUUACCCGGAGUCGUUGAUACUUGGAAUGAGAUUUUUUUUGAGAUGAUGAAAAAGGGAAAAUCCCACCUAGACAUUGAAAAGUGAUGAAUUAUUCGAUCGAUAAUUUUGAUAUUUAGAAAUGAUUUAUUUUUAUUAUGAUAUUUUCAUAGAUUAUAAUGUAAACAAUGUUAUUAUAUACUUUAUUCAUAUUGAUGAGAGUGAUCAUGAUUUUUUCAUCAUGGUCCGACAUGUUAGUGAACCAAUCUCUUAAACUAAUUUAUGUGUAAGAGGAGGUGAAGUUUAAAAUAAGAUUCUGAAGAGGUUAAUGCCUGAAGAUCAGACUCUGAAAAAGUUAGCCUAUGAAGAUCAGACUUUGAAGAAGUCGGCUUUUGAAGAUCAGAAUUUGAUGUCAGUCAGAGUUCAAAGACCAAGGUGAUUCUGAUAGGUCACUAUCAGACUCUUCUUCUGAUCACGUGAAGACCUAAGUUAUUUUUGAAAUAGAUAGCUGGGAUGUAUCUUAUAUUUUCUUUUAAAUUAAAAGAAUUUCAAAUGGCCUUUCAACGACAUUAACAAUUUGAAGAAACAUCUAAAUGUCUUUAUUGAAGCUUCUCAAAGAAUUUCCUGUA